AUGACCGAAGAGAAUAUUAUACCACCUGGUGAACAUCCUGUUAGAAUACGAUGGUUAAAUGCAGCUGAACAAAAUUCAGCUAUUCAAAAGCCGAUAGCACAACAUCCACAAAUCCCAACCAUAAAAACAAAUAAAGUUACAGCACCAUCUGUUGUAAACAAAGCACGAACAAAGGUUCCAAGUGCGACAAAUGUCGUUCGAUUUGUUGAACAACCUGUUCCGACUACUUCGGUCGAUACAUCAAUUCAAUCUUCCAAAGGUAUUAAAGAAUUAAGUGCUGAAGAUAAAUUAAAAAUUGCUAAUUUAAUUAAAGAACUUGCUCGUAUCGGUCAUGAAAAAGAACUUGUAGAAAAUAAACUUGAACAAGAACGAAAAUUAUUUGAAGUACAAAUGAAAACAUUAUUAACUGAUUAUGAUAAAUUAAUGAAAGAUAAUCAAAAACUUCUUACACGUUAUAAUGAAACAAAAAUUAUGUUGAAUGAAUAUGAAAAAAAAUCUCAAUUAUUAUUAAAACCAACAACAAAUGAAUUUCCAAAUCCUCAACGUGUAGAAUCUUCAACACCCAUUAAUUUACCGUUAAAAGAACCUUCAACAACAACAACAAUACGUAAUAAAAACGAAAAUGAUUUAAUUCAACCAUCUCGUACAACAAAUUCAAUAAUAAAUGAACAAUUUCAAUUAAAACAAUUAAUGAUGGAAAAACAAUUAGAAUUACUCCAUAAACAACAACAAAUACUUGAAAAAGAAUUUCAGCAAAGAAAUAUAAAUUCUUUAAUUGAACAACCAGCUAAAUCAUCAUCGAAUUUAACUAUUCAAACUACAACACGUGCUACAUCGCCAAUAAAACAUGAAAUAAAAACAGUCGUUGUCGAACGUGCUACGUCACCUGUUAAACAAACAACAAAACCCCACGUCAAAGUUUCUGAUAAACAGGCUAAGCGUCCAAUUCAAACACAACGAUAUGGAAUUGAUAAUAAUGAUGAAGACCUUUUAAUAUUAUCUUUAAAUGAAUCAUAUCAUGAACAAAUACCAAAAAUCUUACCAAUAAAUAAUAAAUCUCAAAUUAAUAAAAAUUCCAUGAAUGCUAUAGCAGAUUCCGAAGAACAAAAUCUUCUUAAAGAUAUCUUUUUUAUUUGUUAA